AGAAACAGAAGUGGGAGGGGGGAGCGACGGGGAGCAGGAGAAGGAGGGCACGACAUAGGGACACAGGUCCUAUCAGGAGAGAGCAACAGAGAGGUGAGAGUGUGUGUGCGCGGGUGCGCGCGCGCGUGUGUGUGUGUGUGCUGGAGAAGCAACCAGAGAGGCUUCUUUGAGGAGUCAAAUGAGACUUGUUCCCGGGACGCCAGCGUGACUGAAUGGAGUAAGAGAACCCUUGGGGGCGAACAACAGAGGCAGAGACAGAGCAAGCGAGAGAGAGGGGAGAAAACAGGAGAAGACAGGAGAGCCGUAGCCCUUCAGAAAUAUGCAGCUCCUCCACUGGAUUGGUGCACUCGUCCUCCUGCUCUGCGUUUCCUCUGGAAGCGCCGAGGUCAACAGGCAACGCAGACAAGUCCCGAGCGGCGGCCAGCCAGGUUUGUGUCGCUAUGGAAGGAGGCAGGAGUGUUGCUAUGGCUGGAAAAAGAACAUCAAAGGACAAUGUGAAGCUCAGUGCGACCACGGCUGCAAGCAUGGAGAGUGUGUCGGCCCCAACAAGUGCAAGUGUUACUCUGGAUACACCGGAAAGACCUGCAACCAAGAUCUGAACGAGUGCGGUCUGAAGCCGCGCCCCUGCGAGCACCGCUGCAUGAACACACACGGCAGCUACAUGUGCUACUGCCUGAACGGGUACACCCUGAUGCCGGACGGGACCUGUGUCAACUCCAGGACAUGCUCCCUGGCCCACUGUCAGUAUGGCUGUGAGGAAGUGGAGGGGGAAAUCCGUUGCCUCUGCCCGUCCUCAGGGCUGCAGCUGGGGCCAGAUGAGAGGACAUGCGUGGACAUUGACGAAUGUGCGACAGGAAAGAGCUUGUGCCCGUACCACCGGCAGUGUGUCAACACCUUUGGCAGCUACUACUGCAAGUGCCAGAACGGCUACGACCUGAAGUACGUGAACGGCAAAUAUGACUGCGCAGACAACGAUGAGUGCUCGGCCGACAAGCACGCGUGCAGCCUUCAAGCCGUCUGCCUGAAUACUCCGGGCUCCUACAAGUGCAAGUGCAAGCCUGGGUUCCGGGGAAGUGGGUUUGAAUGCUCUGUCAAGCCCUUUUAUCAAAGCUCCUGGGACCAGGGAGACAAAGGCAGUGCAGAUGAUCAUUUCCUCAAUGCUAUCCCAGACUCCCUGGUGAGGCCGAGGUUCCCGGGGAAGGUGGACAACGAGCAGAUCAAGAACGUGAUCCCUGAGCCCCACGUCACCACCGCCCCUCAGGUCCGCAUGCAGCCCUUCGACUAUGACGGGGAAACCUACAUCGGUGGCCAGGACGACCUUUCCCCUGUACAGGAGGAGGAGGAAGAGGAGGAAGAAGAAGAAGAUGACACACGAAGAGGAGAUGUUUUCGCAGUCCCGGAAGAAUUUGAAUCAGUGUUUGGUCCUGCAACAGAGGUCAAAGAGUUUGAAGUAGCUCCAGCGCAGGAAGAGUUCAUCAUGGACUGCAACUUCGAUCAGGGCGCUUGUGAGUGGGUUCAGGACAAGGCCGACAGCUUUGACUGGAGCGUGUCAUAUCAUGAAAACGGUAUGGAAUACUACAUGGCUAUGAGUGGCCAGCUGGGGGAGAAGCAGGACCAGGCCAGGCUAAAGCUGCUCCUCAGCCACCGCGCCCAGCAGGGUGCCUUCUGCCUUACCUUCAACUACCGUUUCGUGGGCAGCAACGUUGGCAAGCUGCGUGUGCUGCUCAACAACAACGCUUACCCGGUUUGGGAGCAGAGCCGGAGCCGAGGCCAGGACUGGCAGACAGAACUUCUCACCGUGGCCUGGAAGAAACAGGCCCCGGAAUAUAUCAUCUUUGAAGCAGAACGUGGGACUGGAGUCGGUGGAGAGAUUGGACUGGACAACGUGGUUCUCACCUCAGGCUCCUGUCAGGAGGAAGACACCACCAUCUUUUAGACCACUCCACUUGGUGAACCUGUUCAUUUCUGACACACCUCAGAGACAGAGUUAGUGGCAGUUUCUCUACUUUUAGUUUGCUCUUUACAUAAGGCGAACACAUCUUCAUGAACCCGAAAAUAAGGGUAUCUUUUUUAUUCACAGUACUGUAUGUUCAACAAGUGUUAGGGAACGGUUGUAUUUGCAGAAUGUUUGCCUGUUCAGCAGUCUACAUGGAAAAGUGUUGCACAGUUGAGAGUUUGAGCAUUGAUAUGUGGAGGGAUUUCUGCAAGUUUACAAGUCUCUGCUUUCCCUCAAGGGCCACCAAGAUAAAAAAAAAAGUCCUGUCCACAAAUAAAUGCUCCACCACAUAAAUGCAGUGAUGUUUUAACAAAAGAAUGCUUUUAACUAUUUUCGCACAGUUUUUAUGUGAAGAUAUGACAGAUUUGUCAACAAAGUGUCCACAAAAACAAGAUGUAUUGUGUUUUAUUUGCAUUUUUGAAGUGAUGUUUAAAUAUCUUUAGCUACAAAAUAGAAAAAUGACAUCCUAAGACAUGUAACAGAGUUACAUCAACUGAAAUAUGAAUAUUGGAUUCAUUAAGAAGUCUUUCCCUUGAAGGUUACUAAGUUUGUAUGAUCAUAUUAUUUGUAUGUAACAAAUGUAUAACUGCUGUAAAUCAUGCUUUCGUAUUGUAUUACAUAAAAAUGUUUUUAUAAUG